UGUAAAUCCCGCAUGCGCACUGAGCUCCUCCCUUUCCGCUCGGGUCCUGGAAGAAAAUGGCCAAACGCACCAAGAAGGUCGGCAUUGUGGGUAAAUAUGGGACCCGUUACGGUGCUUCCCUAAGGAAGAUGGUCAAGAAAAUUGAAAUUAGCCAACAUGCUAAGUACACAUGCUCCUUCUGUGGCAAGACCAAGAUGAAGAGGAAGGCUGUUGGAAUCUGGCACUGUGGUUCCUGCAUGAAAAUCGUAGCCGGAGGAGCCUGGACCUAUAACACCACAUCUGCUGUCACAGUGAAGUCUGCCAUCAGAAGACUGAAGGAGCUGAAAGAUCAGUAGAUCAAUCCUUCUUGUGGAAUCUGAUCUUCGUCUGUUUCACUGGACUAUUCUUUAAUAAAGAAAUGUCUUGGAAAAUGGAA